AUGAUUAAAAAUUUAGCCAAAUUUUUGCUUCUAAUUUAUUUAGUAGCUAAUAAUAAUUCAGUUUCAGGUCAAACAUGGUUUUCAUCUUUGAAACAAUUUGGUUGUAAUAAAAACUGUCGUAUAGCAGUUAAAGAGGCCAUUAGUGAUUGGGAAAGAUACACUUGUAUAAAGUUUCUUGACUGGGGCGAUGAUGAAUACUUUGAUGAAGAUGAAUACAAUCGUUUUUACAUCAAAUUCAGAGCUGAUCAACCAGGAUGUUUCACAGUUUUCCGUAAAAAUAAUUACCAUCUUGGGCAAAGUGUAAAUCUUGGAGAUGGAUGUUUGACGAAAACCAAAAUUCUUCAUGAACUAGGUCAUGUACUUCAUCUGGAUCAUGUCCAUGGUCGUCCUGAUCGUGAUCUUUACAUUGACUUAAAAAGAGAUAAUAUCUUCCAAGGAUUUGAAGAUCAAUAUGAGUUACGCUCCGAUCUAUGGGAACAAGUGCCAUAUGAUUACCGAUCAAUUAUGCACUACCAGUCAUCUGAUUUCAGUGUUUCACCUUUCAAAUUGAUAACUAUGUCAACUCGUUCUCCGAAUUUACAGUAUUUAAUUGAUGAACCGAGGCAAGGUUUGAGUUUUUAUGAUAUCAAACAAGUUAACCUGAUGUACAAUUGUACUUAUGCUUGUCCAAGUGACCAUUUUUGUCUCAAUCAAGGCAUUAGUUUACCCAAUCUUUAUUAUUAUAACAUUAAUGAAGUUGAUAGCAAUAACAAUGACUUUAAUGAUCCUGAUCAUGUUGAUACUGAUGAAGAUGGUUGUUCAUGCCUUUGUCCACCUGCAUUUGUUGGACCACAUUGUGAGAUAUCGAAAUACAAAACAAAUUAUGCUUUUGAUCAAAUGAUAAAAAGGUCAGGAGCCAGUGCUUGUGGUAAUGUCCUCAAGUCUGAAGGUUCAAUCCAAACCCAAGAUUAUCCUAAACGGAGUAAACCAUUUGACAGUUGUAGUUGGAUCAUUAAUGCUCCAAAAGGCUAUCGUAUUGAAUUAUUUUUUGUCGAUUUCUGGUUUGACGAACCGACGACCUAUCUUAAUUACUAUGAAAAUCGCUGUGCCUCUGAGCGUGUUGAAAUUAGAUGUAACGAUCCAUAUGAACCAGAAAUGUAUUGUGGAAAUCAAUUGAAUAACACAAUUAUCAUCUCAAGGAGUAAUUACAUGAUUAUCAAUGUUAUAGCGGGUUCCAGAAUGGUUGGAAGAGGAUUCAAUGCCACUUUUAGGUUCAUACCUUAACCCUUUUCUAACAAUAAAUUCAAUGUUUCAGAUCAACUUCAUUUACAUAAAUAU